AUGGCCACAUUUAAAGGGCCAGAGCCAUCAGUACAGAAAGAGAACUCCGUUACUAGACCCCGAUCAAAUACUCAUAAGACUGAAAAGACUCAUUGCUCCUCAACUAAAAGUGAGCAGAGUAUCAAGAAAACUGAGUUUCAUGAUUCUAAGAAGGGGUGUACCUGUAAAUACUUUGUUUCUUGUAAACCCCGUGACUUUACGGGAGAGAUUGGAGCAAUUGAUGCUCUAAAGUGGCUGGAUGAAAUAGAAACCGUUGUUGAUAUAAGCGGUUAUGCCGCAAAGGACACUGUUAAAUUCGCGUCCCAAUCCUUCAAGGAGGAUGCUUUGACUUGGUGGAAGGCACUAAUCCAAUCGACUGGCAAGGUUGAAAUGUACAGCCUGAGUUGGUCAAAAUUCGUGGAAUUAAUUCGCGAGACUUAUUGCCCACCUCACGAGGUGGAGAAAGUUGAAACUGACUUUCUAAAGCUAACCAUGAAAGGCCUCAAGUGUCGAGCCUGUUUGUCUGAAUACAACUCCUUAUCAAGACUCGUGCCAUACUUAAUUACCCCUGAGUCUAAGCGCAUUGCGUGGUUUAUUGGAGGACUCGCUCCAGAAAUCAAGGGGAUGGUUAAAUCCUCCAAACCUACUACUUAUAGAUCCGUUGUGGAUCUGGCUCUUUCUCUCACUGAAGAUGAAAUAAGAGCAAGGGCGAUGAAAUCCGAGGAGGAUCAUAAGCGAAAGCGUGAUGAUACCCCAAAUAAGGAUUUCAAAAAGGGUAAGACUGGUUCGAAUUGUAACCAGUCCAAGCCGAAUGAAGCAAAACCUAAAUGUAAAACCUGCGGGAAGCAACACUUUGGAAAAUGUUUCCAUGAGCACACCAAGGGUUGUGGCGAGAAAGGGCAUAUAAAGACCCGCUGCCCAAAGAGGACGACUGACAGAAGGAACAAGGCCACUGAUGGCCAGAAAGGCAAUGUUUGA